AUGCCGAAUAACAGGACAUACAAACUUGGGGUUAUGCCUGAUAAUGGGGCAUACAACUUUGGGGUUAUGCCUGAUAAUCGGACAUACAACCCUGGGGCUAUGCCUGAUAAUGAAACAUACAACCUUGGAGCUUUGCCUAAUAAUGGGACAUACAACAUUGGGACUAUGCCUGAUAAUGGGACAUACAACAUUGGGACUAUGCCUGAUAAUGGGACAUACAACAUUGGGACUAUGCCUGAUAAUGGGACAGACAACCUUGGGGUUAUGCUAGAUUAUGGGAUUUUACCAUUUGGAGCAGAAUGCCUGUUCACCUAA